AAAGUGGAAUGCCGUUGGCUAAGAUAAUCGGAACUAAGCCAACCGUAGCAGAAGCUGCUGAAGUGGCAUUAAGAUUAGCAGAAAGCGGAGAAAGUCCUCGAGAUGUACAACCAGAAGGCUCAGCAAAAGUUUUGCAACGACGAAUCACAGAUGAAUCCGACACACAAAUUAGGCUACAAAUUAAAGAAGUGGAGGAUGAUACGCCAGAAGGAGUACGCGCUAUGCGAAAGGGACAUAGCGCUUUCGUAGGGGAGGUGCAUGCGCAUGCGUUAGGUUACCUACUUUUUGCCAUAUUACAAUGGCAACUACUAUAUCAGAUCGAAGGACUUGUUAAAUUUGUGAAUUCGCACUACUACAUCUCGUUGAUUCCGUUCACGAUAAGCUAUGUGAUGUUGAUGUGCUUGGUAUUUUUCUAUAAUCUACUAUCCCAAGGCAGGAGUAAAGUGAGAUUUUACGUAUAUACAGGAAUAAUGCUUCAGCUUGCCACUGUCGCCAUUGCAAUGCCGAUAUCCACUUCCACUAAUAUGCAUUUGGUAUAUUCGAGUAUAGUUUCAUCAAUUGUGAUAAUAAGCAGCAUCGUGUUGGCGUGUUGCAGGCAAGAUUACAUUUUACACAAGCCAGAAUUUAUAUUCAUUUGGACUGGUCGAUGUUUUGUAAUCACCUCAAUGGGCAUUAUAGUCGCUAUAUCGUUGAAAAGCCCGUAUUUCGAUAUGGUUAUGACAUUGAUAAUGAUAUUCUUUAUGUCAAUUUACAUAUUAAUAUGUGGGAGAGUGCUAAGUCGUGCGGAAUUCGUCUGGUUGGACAAAUAUGGUCCUCAUAUGUAUGGAACGCUAUUUUACAUGAACUACAUGACGCUUUAUUCGAUGUGCGUAUUACUAUUUGAGCAAAUAGAGCGUGUUACGAAUCAGUAAUUUUGCAACUACAUGAAACGUAUACUAAGUAUAGAGCUGUAUACUAAAAUUGCAUAUUAACUAUUCGUGUUUUUAUUAUUAAUAUAAGAGUAUUAAUUUUAAAUUUGUACAAAGUUAAGCAAAAUCUAUUAUCUACACAAAUAAAUAAGUUUUCCAAUGUGGUAUAGUAAUAAAAAGGCGUUUAAUGUUUUUAAGAAGUUUGCUUAAUUUAUUUCAGAUGUGUACAGUUUACAUUUUUUUAAGUUUGUAUACAUAUGUAUUUAUGCAUGUAAAUAGUUUCAUUAAAUUUCUCAUACAAAGUUAGUAAAUGUAUGUGUGUAUAAUGUAAAUACUUCAAAAUCGCAGAAAACCUCAUUCUAAAAUAGUUGUGUAAAUGUACAUAUGUAUGUAUAUAUAGUUAUUUAAUUUUACAAUUUUGUUUUAAAGUUCGCAUGCACAAACGUCAAAGUAAUGCGUUUCCUGUUUUUCAUCUAACAAAGUUUAACACGAAAACACCAACACAAUAGCUCGUACAUUACAAGGACCUUUAACCAUUUUAUAAAAAAAAAA